CCGAAUUUACUCCCCCAUUUACUCCCUCCACCUCCUCUAAAUUUAUGAUCCCCUUCCUCCUCUCGCCCUCGUCACCUUCCGCUUCUCAAGCUCCCCUUCUUCCCUUUUCACACCAAGCACGACCUGCCAAACGCACACCGCAUCCCCCAGAGUCCAAAGAAGCCAACAAGAUUUGGAGAGAGAGAGAGGGUAGAGGCUGGGGAGAUCCGCCACUUGCCCACCUCCAAGCUGUCCCCCAUGACACCACCGCAAGCACCGCCACCACCACCACCGCAAGAAUCAAACAACGCGGCCUCGCACUAGCACCAAGAUCUUUCCUUUGUCCCCGCUUUUCGCCCGUCCUCGUGCCAUGGGCCGUGGCGGCGGCCGCUGCUGCGCCCUCCUCAUCCUGGCGGUGGCCGCGUGGUGCGCGGCGGCGCAGGAGCCCAACACGGAUGCCUACUUCGUCUCCCGCUUCUUCUCCAAGCUUGGCCGCGAGGCGCCGUCGUCGGGCGGCGGCGGCGCGGUAUGUUCUUGGCCUGGGGUGUCCUGCGACGGCGAGGGGCGGGUGGUGGUGUUCGCGGCCGCCGGGAUGGGUCUGUCGGGCGCCAUCCCGGAGGACUCCGUCGGCAAGCUCGGGCGGCUGCAACUCCUCGACCUCAGUAGCAACCGCCUCACCGCGCUGCCCAACGACCUGUGGGAGCUCAGCGCGUCGCUGCUCGCGCUCAACCUCUCCGGCAACGCCAUCAGCGGCGCGCUCCCCAACAACGUCGGCAACUUCGCGCGCCUCCAGGCGCUCGACGUCUCCCACAACGCCUUCACUGGCGCGCUACCGCAGGCGCUCGGCUCCCUCGCCGGAUUGCAGGUGCUCAACGCCAGCCACAACCAGUUCCAAGGGCAGGUCCCCGGCGCCGUCGUCACCGGGUGCCGGAGCCUCGUGGCCAUGGAUCUCUCCGGCAAUGCACUGAACGGGGACUUGCCGGACUUGUCACCGCUCCGGUUGCUGGCCUACCUCAACCUGUCGGGCAACCGGCUCGGCGGCUCUGUCAUCGGGGCGUUCCAGGAGCAGUUGAGGGUCAUAGACCUUAGCAACAACCGCUUCUCUGGCUUAAAUUUUAGCAGUGGGUAUGCUGGCUCGUCGUUGAUGUACCUCGACUUGUCAGGCAAUGAGCUUCUUGGAGAAUUCACCAUUGCCGGCCGGUUCCGGAACCUGAGGCAUGUGAAUCUUGCACACAACCCGUUGUUCAAUGGCAAUUUACUCUUGUCCGUGGGUGAGAUCUCUGAAUUGGAGUAUGUUAAUUUUUCAAGCACUGGAUUGCAUGGGCAUAUCCCCACGGAAUUUUCGUCCCGAUUGGUUGGAUUGAAGGUGUUGGAUUUGUCACAGAACAAUAUCAGCGGGGUAGUCCCUGACUUGAGCUCUCUUCAGCUACGCGUUCUGGACUUGUCCGUGAACAACCUCACCGGUGAGAUACCUGUGGCAUUGGUGAAGAAGUUGGCAUCAAUGGAGCGGUUCAACUUCUCAUACAACAACCUCACUGUAUGUGCCUCUGAGCUCUCUCCCGAGGCGUUUGCAGCUGCAUUUGCUAGGUCCAGGAAUGACUGCCCAAUCGCUGUGAACCCGGACCGUAUCAAGAAAAGUGGGGGGAAGCGUAAGGGGAUGAAGCUGGCAUUGGCCAUUGUGCUUUCGCUUUUCUUCUCUGUUUUUGGGUUGCUUUGCUUGGCAUUUGCAUGUCGGAGGCGGAGGAAGAUGUGUGAUGCACUGCCUGUGGUUAAGCAGGUGUCGUUCAACGAGGAGCCUGGUGUAUCUGGGCCAUUUGCUUUCCAGACAGAUUCAACAACAUGGGUUGCCGAUGUGAAGGUUGCAACUUCAGUGCCAGUCGUAAUCUUUGAGAAGCCACUACUGAGCUUCACAUUUGCCGACCUCUUGGCAGCGACAUCGAACUUUGACAGGGGUACUUUGCUGGCAGAAGGGAGAUUUGGUCCGGUGUAUAGGGGAUUCCUUCUUGGUGGAAUUCAAGUUGCUGUUAAGGUGCUGGUCCAUGGGUCGGUAAUGGCAGACCAAGAUGCUGCCAGGGAGCUCGAGCGGCUGGGAAGGAUCAAGCAUCCUAACUUGGUUCCUUUGACUGGUUACUGUCUGGCAGGGGACCAGAGAAUUGCAAUCUAUGAGUACAUGGAGAAUGGAAAUUUGCACAACUUACUGCAUGACUUGCCACUAGGAGUUCAGACCACUGAAGAUUGGAGCACCGACACAUGGGAGGACAACAACGGAGGUGUCACAACUGAAAACAUCACACUGGAGGGUACUGAGACAUGGGUGUUCCGACACAAAAUCGCAUUAGGUGCUGCGAGGGCACUGGCAUUCCUCCAUCACGGCUGUAUCCCGCAGAUUGUCCAUCGGGAUGUUAAGGCAAGCAGCAUCUACUUCGACUGCACAAUGGAGCCUAGGCUGUCCGAUUUUGGGUUGUCAAUGAUCGCUGGGACAAGCACCGACAACGAUCUCCUGCACCAUUCCCCAGGCUAUGCUCCGCCAGAGUUCUCCGACUUGGAGAACGCCAUAGCGACUGCAAAAUCUGAUGUUUACAGCUUUGGUGUCGUGAUGUUUGAAUUGGUCACCGGCAAGAAGCCGCUGGGUGACGAGUACCCUGAUCAGAAGGAGGCAAGCCUAGUGAACUGGGCCAGGGCAAUGGUGAAGGCGAACCUAGGGUCCAGCAUCAUCGAUCCAAAGAUCCGUGACACCGGGCUGGAGCGACAGAUGGAAGAGGCGCUGCGGAUCGCCUACCUGUGCACCGCCGAGCUGCCGUCCAAGAGGCCGGCCAUGCAGCAGAUCGUUGGCCUGCUGAAGGACAUUGAGCCUAAGGUAGCGGAGCAGGACUGAAGCGAUUGAUUACUAGUAGUGUUUUGGGUGGUGGUACUGAAGGAUGUUUAGGCAGGCAGUGAGCUCUUAGUUGUUUUGUCCCAGUGGAGCUCACUGCGCCAUGUCCUGCUCUGCUAAGAUAUAUCUGUUUCUUUUUUUUUUUUCUCUUUCUUUGAUUCUUCCACUUGUUGAGAUGUUGCAAUACAGCUUUGCCAUACCUGCCCCCUUACUGCUAA